AUGAACUUUCGGGGUUUAUUUAAACCCAAAGAUGGGAAUACCGAAAAUUCAUGUGCAAUACCAGUUCUGAACCAAGUUAUGGUUGCCACUCGGGGUGCAACAGAUGCUUUUUCUAAUGUUGGAAGACACAUCAAUAAUUCAUUGAGGAAAGUGGGAGCAAAGAAACUUGAAGCAGGCAUUGGUUGCGGAGUGGGUUUUGGCCAUGGCGUUGGAGUUGGCCUUGCUGUGAAGCCUGGUGUAGUGCACAGGAUGCAGUUGAGUCUUUUACAAGCAGUUACACAUGUGAUGAUAAAACUUGGAAUGUCUCCUGGCUUGUUUGUUGAUCAAGGCAUUCUUCCAGCAUCUUUACGAAGUGGCUUGAGCAUGGUAAAGGAAACCUCACACGACAAUCUAAUAGGAAGUAUGGGUCAGUUGGUAAAAUCAAUACCAAAUAGUACAGAACAAGGCAAUAUUAGGCAGAGAAGUAUAAACGUGGUUUCUUCUCUGAAAAAUUUAGCACCUGAAACUGAUGCCAUAAACACUCAAUCUACCAGUCGAGUAGAGAAGGUCAUAAGCAACUUCUUGGAGAAUCCACUUUUGAAAGAGGAAGAGGGCAAAGUAAAUGAGCAUGCUGAAAAGUCGCAAUCGCAGAACAACAUACUUCAGAUGGUGUUGAUGCACCAAGUACUCAUUGAUGAAUUGAUGCAAGAAAAUGAGAAGCUUUGCCAAAUAUUGAUUGAAGAGUUGAAAGUCCCACCAAGUAAGCUCCAAUCUAGCUUUGCAGUUAGUAAGUCCCCAUGUAGUGAAUGUUUUAUUUGUCGAAGAAAACAAAGAAAAAAGUGA